ACUGGCCGACAUAUCCUCAGCAUAACCAUGUAUAAUAUCCACAGAACUUAAAAAGAGGUUAUACACACACAAUGCGGUAAUAUUAUAUUGAAGCACAGUACGUAUCACUCCGGGAGGUUCCUGACUAUAGUAGGUUCCUCCGACAAUCCAUCAGGCGGUGCGGCUUCGUAGGUAGGUUAGCAAAGUCAUACUAAAACAUUUUUUGACAGAUUUUUGAGCACCGUGUACCACAUAAAAUCGGUUUGGUAAUAAUGGUAAUAACAACGGCCCGCUUGAAUGCGCAACCAAAAAAUGUGCUUUGGUGUGUAUCUGACAGACGAAAGCCAAACCAGUUCCACAUCACUGAAGUUGCACCUUUUUUACAAACCAAUUCUGGUUCAUCUGUUUCAUUCAACGAUCCACUUUCGCCCUUCUCAUUCUCCGUUGUCAUGAUGCUUUUUCCAUCAUGUGCGUAUGAAAACAAAGGCACUGCGCAUGCGCGUUUUACCCAUAUUCUAUCGCGAUAUUUCAUUUUCUUAUCAUUGCCUAACAUUAUACCGGUAUUACUAGGGCUGAACGAAAUAUCGCAUUUGAAAUAAUAUCGCGAUAUGAUCAAGUGCAAUUUUCUAACCGCAAAGGCUGCGAUUAUACUCUGUUUACGUGACAUGCGCGAGUAAAACAUAUGAUAUGAUCAAACGAGAUUGUCUAACCACAGAGGCUGCACUCUGGUCACGUGACACGGGGAGCAAAGUUUUGAAACAGUCUACCGAGAGUGAACUAGCAAGCAAAGCUGUAGCCUACACAAUGGCCUCAGGUUCAACAGAACCAGAGCCUGCGGGGAUGCUAGUACCAAAGAGGAACUGCACAUCAGCCGUGUGGGAAUAUUUUGGGUUUAAAAGAGAUGAUGUCGCACAGAGUCAGGUACUGUGUAAAACCUGUCUUGGUAGAGUUUCUACAUCUCGGGGAAACACUACGAAUUUGUACCAGCACCUUAAGACUCAGCACAAAACAGAGUAUGAUAGAUGUAUGGCUAAAAAAUCUAGUAGUGUGCAGAAUAAAUCUAGUAACGUUACUCGGCAAGGAUCACUGACCGAACUGUUUGAAGGUGUUACGCCAUAUGAACGCACUUCAAAACGGCACGUGGAAAUCACCAAAGCAGUAACCCACUGCAUCGCGAAAGACAUGAUGCCCGUCAAUACGGUGACCAAGCCUGGGUUCAAUAAUUUGGGAACUACACUGGAUAAGAGGUACAGAAUGCCCUCCCGCACGUAUUUCAGUCAGACUGCAAUACCCGAGCUACAUAUGCAGUGUAGGCGGAGGGUUGCAGCGGAGUUAAAGGCUGUUGAGUUUUUUGCGGCGACAACAGACAUGUGGUCAAGCCGUACAGCAGAGCCCUAUCAAAGUCUGACGGUGCAUUACAUUACCGAAGACCUCCACCUCGAAGCUCGCAGCCUACAAACGGCCUACUUCCCCGAAGACCACACAGGGGAAAACAUUGCUGCUGGCCUGAGAGAGGGGCUUGCGUGUUGGGAUCUCCCUGAAGACAACCUUGUCUGCAUAACGACGGACAGCGCGUCAAAUAUGGUGAAAGCAGCACAGCUGAACGAAUGGACCAGGCUCCAGUGUUUCGGACACAGAUUACAUCUUGCUAUUGAAAAUGCAAUCAAAGAUGGUAGAGUAUCAAGAGCAAUUGGGCUGUGCAAGAAGUUGGUGGGGCACUUCUCGCACAGUUGGAAGAAAAAGGCAGCACUCACUGAGGCACAGAAGGAGCUUAAGCUUCCUGAGCACUCUCUCAUUACUGAGUGCCCUACAAGAUGGGGGUCCAAAGAGAAAAUGAUUGCCAGAGUGCUGGAACAGAUGAAAGCCAUAUCGCAGGUAUUGACAGGUGACCGACAUGCACGCUCCCUCAUCCCAACCUGGCAGGAUGCUGAAGUGUUGGAGUCCAUUCAUAAGGCACUGCAUCCUCUCUCCGAAUUUACUGAUGCUCUUUCUGGAGAAGAGUAUGUGAGCAUCUCCUACCUCAAGCCAGUUCUCCAUCUUCUGGCAACAUCAGUCUUGGCUGAAGAUGCUGAGGACACUGAUCUGACUAGAUCAAUUAAAACCAAGGUCCUGGCAUACCUCAAGUAUAGUGACCUCAACACCCAGGAGCUUUUGGAUGUUGCGUCGUUCAUGGACCCUAGGUUCAAAACGCAAUACAUCAGCGCAGACAACCUUCCUGCCAUUAAGGCCCGACUGAAGACAGAAAUGGUGGAAUCGGCUAGACGUACACAUAAUCAGGAGAAGAGGUCUCGCACUGAAACUGCUCAAAAUUCUCCAAGUGCACAGGCCUCUGGGGGAAAGGCAAAGAAGACUCUUGGUAGUCUUUUUAAAACCAGUGCGGCCUCUUCAGCUUUGCCUCUGCCACUUGAAGAUGUCGUGGAGGCAGAGUUGAAUAGUUACCUGUUGACCCCUGUCAUUGACGGAGAGGAUGAUCCCUUAGCCUGGUGGAAGGUGCACAACAUUCACUUUCCAUGACUGUGCAAGAUGGCCCGCAAAUAUCUGUGUGUGCCAGCCACAAGUGCCCCCUCAGAGCGUCUGUUCAGCACUGGAGGGAAUAUAGUGACCUGCACUCGCUCAUCCUUAAAGCCAGCAAAAGUAGAUAUGCUGGUCUUCCUAGCAAAAAACCUGUGAGCUAGGAUGAUUAUGGCUAGCUGAGCCAUACUCAUUGUGCACUUUAGUUUGUGCUGUGUUGCUGUUACUUACUGCAGAUAAUCAAGAUGUUCAGCCAGUUUUAAUUUAAAGGCGUGUUUGUGUGUGUGUGUUUAUACAAUUGCUAUUAUGUUUGCACUUUAUGUGUAAUGUUACUGACUGCAGAGAUCAGUAAGAUGUGUGUAUUUUUUAUUUAUUAGUUUUAUUUAUUUAAUAUUAUUUUUUAAUUUAAUGACUGUCUAGUAGUUCACAGAUGUCGAAAAACUGAGUGUGGUAAAGCCACUGAUUUUUUUAUGUAUAUUUCUGCAAUCUGCACAUUGUACUGACUUUCAUUUUAAUGUUUACACCAGGGUUCCUUGUCAGCACUUUAUGCUCAGAUGUUUGUAAGCUAAAAAUAAACUAUUGUGUAUGUUCAAAUAUACUGUUGUGAUUGAAGAAGUUAAAUAAAAAUGUCAGUCAUCAA